UUUCUACCAGAAUGAAUUACCAGAAUGAACUGUGGUUGAGAACUAUAGUUGUGCCAAGGUUGUGCUCUAGGAGUAUCUUUUUCGAGUGAAACGCAGAAAACAUUGCCCAAGAGAGGUAUCAAGUUCAUUCACAUGAGGACUUACGUAUGCGCAUUCAUAGUGCUAUGUUGUGCCCUGGGAAUAAAUGCAGGCAUAAAAUCCUUUUUCAAGCAGCGUGGUGGACCAGCGGCAAAUGCAAAAAAAUCAAGGGGUGCACCACAAUCAGAUAUAAGAGACCUUGGUAUUGAGUGCAAGGCAACUGACAGUUCCAAAUACAGAUACGCAAAUGCAUCCUGCAAAUAUUUAGUGUGCAAAGAUACAAUCUAUGAAUUGGCCCGUUGUGAAGAUGGAAAGGGUGUGACCAACAGUUUUAAAAUUGCGGACACUUCCAAUACGUAUCCUUGUUCCCGCAUUGCAUCAGAAUGCAGGAAAACGUUAGAGGAAAAGGGUUUAGGUGACAGGAACACUCAAGUUUGUGGGAUAGAUCUCGUUCUAAUAAUCGACAUGUCAGCGUCAAUUGAAUGGAUAGACAAAGUGAAAGUGAGAUCAUUUGUGAUAGAUAUGCUGAAAAACCUAAGGCUCGGAGAUGCAUUCACAUUGGUUGCAGGGGCAACGUAUGGAGCUGAGGUGCACCCUAUGCUUAAAUUUGAUUCGUACAAUAGUGGAACAUCGAUUAUAAACGCCGUAAAGAAAAUGAACAUGAAGCCGACAAAGGGGACAGCUACAUGGCUUGCCUUGAAACAGGCCCGAGAAUUUUUAACGACUGAAAAUGGACGGAGGAGGGGCAAAAAGGCUUUCGUACUCGUUUUGACUGAUGGAGUUUCUCACCCACAUACGAAGUCACCUGAAACCAUUAAGGAAGCUAAGUUAUUAAAAGCAAAGUCGAGUUACCAAGAAGGCGUUAGUCCACCAGUUGUCGCAUUAAUGUCACUUCCAAACAGAAAAGAAGAAACUAGAACCGGGGAGAACGGUAAACAGCUGUCAAAGGACGAAUUAGCCGACCUGAUAGAAUUAAAGAAAAACGAAUUUGCAGAUAUACCAUCACCGGGAUCGCAAUAUCGUUACGAUCUUGAAACUUACGAUGACCUCCAUACAGUUAUGAAUCCUAUACUCAGAACAUCAUGCGAAGACAUGUGAGCGGUUAGGACAUGGACUUUCUCAUGGCUAGGACAAUGCAACCCUUAUUUGUACAUAGUCGAUCACAAUAAAUUACAGUUUCCAAUUUAUAACAGCAUAUUCUAUUUUGUUAUUACUUUACCA